AUGGAAAAUCAAGACAAGUUCGCCAUCCACGCAGCCGCUCGUGACGGGAAAGCGACCGUUGUAGAGUCUUUGCUGAAUGCCAAUCCCAAGCUCGCCAAGCUGAAAGACGACGAUGGCCGUCUUCCCAUCCACUGGGCGGCUUCGUACAACCACCACGAGAUUGUCAACCUCCUGGUUCAACAGAAAGGGUUUGAUGUCGACGUCAAAGAUGACAUGGGCUGGACCCCUCUCAUGAUCGCAGCCAGCGUCAAGGACUCGGACAGAGUGGUCGAUCUCCUCCUUGCCAGAGAUGCCGACGUGAAUGAGACAAAUGACAACGGCCAAACAGUCCUCCACUUCAUAGCCUCCAAGUCCAACCUCGACCUCGCCCGCAAGCUCCUCGAAGAGCACAAACCUCCCGCUUCCGUCCGCGUCCGCGACAAGCGAGGCCAGUACCCCCUCCAUCGCGCCGCCGCCGUCGGUUCGGUCCCCUUGAUCAACCUGUUUCUCAAGCACAAAAGUCCCCUGAACGCCAGCGAUUCAGCUGGACAAACGGCGUUGCAUCAUGCUAUUGCCGAGGGGCAUGGUGACGCGGCUGUGGUGUUGAUGAAAGCUGGGGCUGAGAUGGACAGGAAGGAUAAUGAUGGGCUUCUGCCUUUGGAGGUGGCGCCUGGGAUUGAUGUCAAGAAGUAUAUUCAACGAAAGGCGGAGGAGGAGGGGAUUGAUCUUCCAUAG